AUGCAUCCACUAUAUCCAUCAUGGAGUCGCUUGCUCAUCCCUGCCCUCUGCCUAUCACCUUGGGCCUCAGCAGUCCCAUGCUCGUCAUGUAACACCACUCCAUCCACCCAUCAAAACUCGACAAUACUCCCCUACUUGGACCCUUCUCUCUGCAUUCAAGAUCGCCUCGAUGACCUGCUCUCUCGCAUGACCCUCGAAGAAAAGGCAGGUCAACUCUUCAUCAAGCAGAUCCCUGCGGGAAUCAACGGCACAAUCGACAAUACGACCACCGUCCUCGACGGCACCAGAAAUCUCACCACCACACCUUUGAUCACGGAGAAGCUACUGUCGCAUUUCAACGUCAACAACGCGAGAUCUGCAAAGCAGAUGGCAGAAUGGCAUAAUGCAAUUCAAGAGCUUGCUUUGCAGACACGACUCAAGAUCCCUGUCACCAUAGCCAGCGACCCUAGACAUGCGUUCGCGGAUACAGUGGGCAGUUCCAUUGCCAGUGGCCAAUUCUCCAAGUUCCCUGAAAGUUUGGGGAUUGCGGCGCUAAGAGAUCCAGUGCUUGCGGAACUUUAUGCUACCAUUGUUAGGGAGGAGUAUCUAGCUGUGGGUAUUCGGUCUGCCCUUCAACCUCAGAUCGACGUCGUGACCGAGCCACGCAUGGCGAGGAGCGGACAAACCUUUGGCGAAGACGCAAAUUUGACUGCAUCUAUGGUCGUCGCACUGAUCAAAGGCUUCCAAGGCCCCGAGUUGGGCUUGAAAUCGGUAACAACAGUCACAAAACACUUCCCUGGUGCUGGACCGGCUAGAAAUGGCAAUGACUCGCAUUUCGCUACUGGCAAGGACAACACUUACUUUGGCGACUUUCUUGAUUAUCACUUGAUUCCUUUCAAAGCAGCUAUUGCCGCUGGAGGGCGCCAGAUUAUGCCGUCCUAUGCCCGUCCAAUUGGCACCAAAUACCCCGAAGUCGCCUUCGGAUUCAACAAACCCGUCAUCACUGGUCUGCUUCGGGAAGAGCUGGGGUUCGAUGGUAUUGUCGUUAGUGACUGGGGCCUGAUCACCGACGCGGAAAUCAUGGGAGUAGUAGAACCAGCACGAGCCUGGGGCGUCGAAAACACCACUGACCUCGAACGCGCAAAAUUGGUCCUCGAUGCCGGCGUCGACCAAUUCGGCGGCGAGAUACGUACUGAAUUGCUAGUUCAACUCGUCAACGAAGGUCAAAUUCCUGAGUCACGUCUUGAUGUCUCUGUCCGCAAAUUGCUGGAAGAAAAAUUCAUGCUCGGUCUUUUCGACAACAGAUUUGUGGAUCCAGAGGCUGCGGAGAGAGUAGUCGGAAACCCUUACUUUGCUCGUGUUGGCAAUGAGACUCAGAGACGUGCAUACACGCUAUUGACGAACCAGCAAGAUACCCUUCCUCUGCGUCCCAACGACGGUGUCAAGUUCUACGCUCAAGGGUUCAAUGCCUCCUAUCUCGAAGCCCGUAACUUGACAGUCGUAGACUCACCCGACCGAGCAGAUUUCUGCUUCUUGCGCCUUAGCACUCCUUGGGAAGCCAGAGGCUCUCCCUUCCGCCAACGAUACCACGAAGGCCGCCUUGACUUCAACGAGACCGAGAAGGCUGCUCACUCUGCUUUAUUCAACACUUGCCCUACCAUCGUGGACAUUCUUCUCGAUCGCCCUGCUGUGAUUCCAGAGAUUGCUAAAGAGGCUGCUGCAUUGUUCGGACAUUAUGGCGCUAGUGUGGACGCAUUUUUGGAUGUUGUGUUUAAUAAGGAUGGGUGGAAGCCAGAGGGCAAAUUGCCGUUUGACAUGCCUAGAAGUAUGAAGGCUGUGGAGGCACAGGUCACUGAUGUGCCGUUCGAUACUGAGGACCCUGUGUUUGAGUUUGGGCAUGGGUUGAGUUAUAGCAGGACUGCUUUAUGUGCAUAG